AUGAGUCAGUCUCUCUUCAAAUUCCUUAAAAUUGAGAGUUUCAAGCUUCAGAAUCAAGUUUCUUCACCCCAGGAAAGAAGUUUGGACUUGCAGGUGAGUUUUUUCAUCUCAAGGGAAAAAGUUAGAUCCUAGAGGCUGUAUUGGUUGUGCACUUUAUUGACUUGUGAAUUAUGAUCUAAAAAGGCCGUGCUGGUUAAGUUGCAAUUUCUAAUCUGAAAAAGAGAAAUCAAUCAAGCUGAACCUUGAGCUGGGAAUUAUUGGAUCCAUUUUGCUUUUCUUUCUCUUUCUUCUUCUAAGUUUGCAGCUUAUUACGAACAAAUUUGAUGAAUUUGCAGGGGGUGAAGUUCAUCCUUAUAAUUUGCUUCAUCUUGUUGGGUAUAUGAUAUCCUUUCUUUCAAUUAUUUAGUCACGUUUUUAGGAAACUUUGGGGUUUUCAUUGCUAUAUAUCCUGUAUGAUGAAUUCUAGCAUAUAUGUGCACCUCUUGAAUUUGCAGGUCUUUGGUAAUUUUUGAUUGGUUCUUCAGAAUUCAAACUGAGGCUCUUUCUUCAUUGGAAUCUGAAUUCGCAAACUGGGUAAUUCGAUUUGUGUUAAUUUAUUGGGGGCUAUGAAGUGUUUUGCAUUGUACAAUAGGGACAAGAAAGAAGAGGCGAAGACUCCCAAAUCAGUUUCAACUCUCUCUGUUAAUUCUACCUUUACUGAAAUAGGGAGAUCUGAAUCUGAACUGAAUUCUCGGAAUGGCUCUGGCACCAGUGCUGAGUCCAUGGUCAGGUCCUCAUUUCCCAGCGUGACUCAAAGAACCAACAAUCUCAGAGUGUUCACAAUUUCUGAACUCAAAUCAGCCACCAAGAAUUUUAGUCGAUCAGUCAUGAUUGGAGAGGGUGGAUUUGGUUGUGUGUAUAGGGGUUCCAUUAAGAGUUUGGAGGACCCAUCACAAAAGAUUGAGGUAGCAGUUAAACAGCUUGUUAAAAGAGGGUUGCAGGGGCACAAGCAGUGGGUGACAGAAGUUAAUGUUCUUGGUGUGGUUGAGCAUCAAAACCUUGUAAAACUAGUUGGCUAUUGUGCCGAUGAUGAUGAAAGAGGAAUGCAACGGCUUUUGGUAUAUGAAUACAUGCCUAAUGGAAGCGUGGAAAGCCAUUUAUCUGCUCGGUCUGAGACUACUCUUUCGUGGACAAUGAGACUGAGAAUAGCCCAAGAUGCUGCUCGCGGCUUAAUGCACCUACAUGAAAAAAUGGAUUUUCAGAUCAUCUUCAGGGAUUUCAAGUCUUCUAAUAUCCUUCUGGAUGAACAAUGGAAUGCAAAGCUAUCAGACUUUGGAUUGGCUAGAUUGGGCCCUUCAGAAGGAUUAACUCAUGUCUCAACUGCGGUUGUUGGAACAAUGGGAUAUGCAGCUCCUGAAUAUGUUGGAACAGGACGUCUCAGAUCCAAGAGUGAUGUAUGGAGCUAUGGUGUCUUUCUUUUUGAACUCAUCACAGGUAGGCGCCCUUUAGAUCGAAACCGCCCCAAAAGUGAGCAGAAACUCUUGGAAUGGAUAAAGCCAUACGUAUCAGAUUCGAAGAAAUUCCAUCAAAUACUGGACCCAAGACUUGAAGGGAAAUACCCCCUCAAGUCAGCCCAGAGGCUUGGUACCUUGGCCAACCAGUGCUUGGUCAAAAACCCAAAAAAACGCCCAAAAAUGAGUGAGGUGUUGGAAAUGGUGAACCAGAUUGUGGAGGCAUCACCUGCAUCCGGAAGUUCUGAACUGCCAUUGAAGAGCUUGCCAUCAAUGGAAACCUCAAACUCAAACAACAAUGAAAUGAAGAAUAAGAAGAAGAUUCUGGAUUUCAUAAAGUGGUGAAGGUGGUUGGUUUUCUCAGAAAUGGACAUGUUUCAUGGCUUAAGGUUUCAAGCUUUCAACAGAUUCAGCGUCACAUUGUCUUUUUUUUUUUUUGCUUUCUGUCUGAUCGGGGCUAUAGGAUACUUGCAGCUAAGCUACAAAUUUGUUUAUGAAAAAUGAGAACUUUCAAUGAGGGGCGCAAAGUUUUUUUUUUUUCCUUUUAUUUUUUUCUUUUAACAGAAAGUUGUCAUGUAAUAAAAUUAUAAAAAAUGU